AUGAGCCAAGCUCUUUCCUUGAUCGUCACCCUGCACUGGCUGGCGCCUUCCGAGCUAGUGCUGGCCCUUUCCAAGUUGAUUCUCUCCAAGAACAUCUCCACAAGCCCACAGCACAUCGAAGAAAGCUCAGAGCGAGACGGAAGUUCAAAGCUAGGAACCUGUGCCUAUGUGCCUAUGCGAGAGUCUCGACUCUUGCCGACUCUGUCACAAGCAUGUGUGGUGACACCUGCCUUUCGAGUGGCAGGAACGCGUCAUCUUCUCAGGAACGGAACCGCAACAGCCUUGCCGAGACGCUGUCAGAUCUCUGAGUCACUCAUUACUGCCCCGUACGAUCAAUUACGCAUUGGAAUCAACGCGGUUGAAGAGAGGAUGCAUAAUAUCGAGAGCAAUCAUGAUAAUGACGAAGAUCAAUGGGGAGGGCCCGAGGAUCUGGUGUUAAUCAACUCAAAGGAAUCACCCGUUACGCUUAAAAAUUUCGUGACCGCGAUCCCAUGGUGUAUAAACAUGUUCUACAUCGGGCCACCUGAACAUCACGGAAGAAAUUUGUACUCAGUCAGCGUGGAGGCAGAUGGCACAUGGCUGCCACGUAACAAGAUUCCUGAAGGGACGACAUUCUUCUUCGAAGAUGUUAUGGGUGCUGGGGCUGACGAGAGCGAGUGGAGGAUGACAGUGGACAUGUUCUGUGAAGGGGAUUUGGAUGUUCGCUCGAGGAAUUCUAGGAGCGUCGGAGGGAAUCUCAGAGGAAAUCCGAGCGGGAACGACAGUAUUAUAACCGUUGCGGUAUCAAUCGGUCCGUAA